AUGGCGGCUUCUUAUCUAAACCGGAAGCGAGGCUGGCUGGGGAGCGUCAGUCGGAAUGAUUCGCUGUUGUUUUUCUUCGUGAGAUAGAGAGGUAGGCGACGAAACUGCAGUCAGGGGCUUCUGUCAUAAAGGUCCUAUUCUGCCUUACUCGAACAUUACCAAGAUGUCUGCACAUUCAUUGCUGUGUGAGAGAAUUAUCCUGUCUAAGGAGCUAAUUAAAAGAGCAGAAGUUCUUUGCAGAUCCCAAAAGGAUGGCAUAGAAGGCGGAGCAAAACUUUGCAAUAAAUUAAAGGCAGAACUAAAAUUCUUGCAGAAAGUAGAAGCUGGUAGAGUAUGCAUCAAAGAGUCUCAUCUGCAGAGUACAAAUCUUACUCAUCUGCAAGCUAUCAUUGAAUCAGCAGAGAACUUGGAGGGUAUUGUUGGUGUUCUCCAUGUUUUUACUUAUAAGGACUCAUUUGGUAAAAAACAAAAUUUGGUGGUAGAUGUAGUUGCAAAUAAUGGACAUACUUGGGUGAAAGCAGUUGGUCGGAAAGCUGAAGCUUUGCAUAACAUUUGGUUGGGCAGGGGCCAGUAUGGUGACAAGAGUAUUAUUGAGCAAGCAGAGGAUUUCCUACAAGCAAGCUGUCAACAACCAGUGCAAUAUUCCAGCCCGCACAUUAUUUUUGCUUUCUACAAUGGUUUAUCCAGCCCAAUAGCAGAAAGACUAAAAGAGAUGGGUAUAUCUGUGCGGGGGGAUAUUGUUGCUGUGAACCCAUCAAUGAACUGCCUUAAAGAAGAUCACUGUUUAAAUUCUAGUGAAUCUGACAAUGGGGAUGAAUGCUUUCAAGUGACUAAAGUAGAUCGGGAUAGCUUAAUAGCCAGUGUUGCAUUUCCUACAACGUUGAAAGUAAAUACAUGCAAUAGGGUUAAUUUAGACAUUACUACUCUGAUUACAUAUGUCUCAGCCCUAAGCUAUGGAGGCUGUUACUUUAUAUUCAAAGAGAAAGUCUUAACUGAACAGGCCUUACAAGAGCGAUGUGAGAGUGUUCUCCCACAAAUGGAGGAAUUCAUGAAGGGCAAAGAAUUGUUUGCUUGUGAAUCUGCAAUCAAAGAUUUUCAGCUUAUUUUAGAAACUAUAGGAGGCCCUGGAGAAAAAUAUAGAGCCACAUUACUUAUGGAUAGAAUCCAUGUGGUCCCAGACCAACUCUCUGAAAGUGCCUCAAGAUUAGUACCUAGCUCUAAAAUCAAUACCCGUUCUCUAAUUAUCUUUGGGACAGGAGAUACUUUAAAAGCCAUCACUAUGACAGCAAACAGUGGCUUUGUUCGGGCAGCAGCAAAUCAGGGAGUAAAGUUUAGUGUAUUUAUUCAUCAACCAAGGGCAUUGACAGAAAGCAAAGAAGCUUCUGCCACACCUUUACUAAAGCACUAAGCUGGUUCUAAAUACCGUAUUUUUCAGACUAUAAGAUGCACCAGAGUAUAAGACGCACCAAGAUUUCAAAGAGGUGAACAAGAAAAAAGAAGUUUUUGCUCUCCCCAGCCCCCAGGAGGACUCUGCAGGCCUCCCAAACUCUCCGCAGGCCCCAUUUUUGCAAAAAAUGGGACACAUGGGACGGGAUUUCGGGAGGCCAAAGCUUGCUGAAUUCAAUGUAUAAGACGUACCAACAUUUCCACCAUCCUUUGGGGGGGAGGGAGUGCUUCUUAUACUCUGAAAAGUAUGGUAAUUUAUUUAAACUUUUUAGCUGAAGAAAUUUUAAAAAUAAAAUAAUGUAAUGCAUAUAAAUAUUGAUGUUAUGUGGCCACAGUUUAUUCAUUUGACUGAAUUGAAUUGAAAGUAACUUAGGGCAGACAUAUUUUGUUGUGCUUCAGCUACUCAUGUAUAACUUUGUAUAAAUGUUAUACAACUUUUCCUGUGUAUUGCCAGAAUGCUUUCUUAGAGCAAUUCCACAUUGUUGUCUUGCGGCUGACAUAUAUGUACACAAUAUAAUAAUCUUGGUGCAAAUAAUUGUAUAGAUCGGGGUGUCAAACUCAAUUUCAUUGAGGGCUGCAUCACGGUUGUGGUUGACCUCGGUGGUGGUGGGGAGGCAUUGCCAGCUUCCGCUACUGUUGUGCUCACUCACCUUGACCUGGUUGUUCAUAAUGUGUAUGUGGGGGCAAAGUGUGCCAAGUGGUAAGGCAAGAUUUCCCUCAGAUCCUCUCAUAAUCUCUCCUUCCUUCCUUCCUUC